GUUUUCCAUGGCUCCAUUCUCUAUUCCUCCAAAACUCCUAAUUUUGUGUCUACUUAAACCUAACUUUGACAUACAUCUGUCUUUGUUCAAGAUCAGCUUAAAACAUGGCUACCAGGGUUUACGUCGGAAAUCUCUCACCGACCACUACCGAUGAUAUGUUGAGGGAAGCCUUUUCCGGCUACGGAAACGUAGUAGAUGCAAUUGUAAUGAGAGACAGAUACACAGAUAGGUCCAGGGGUUUUGGAUUUGUCACAUACAGCAGUCACUCCGAAGCUGAAGCAGCCGUGUCUGGGAUGGAUGGAAAGGAACUGAAUGGUCGUAGAGUGAGCGUGAAACUCUUUGGUAUUGGUGAUAUUGAUGAUGAAUGACGAUGAUGGUGCUGACUUGAAAGGUGGAACACAUCUCUAUCCAAAAAUAAAAAAACAUUCUUGUAAUGUAUUGUGUGCUUUCAUGUGUUUGCAGUGUCUGUUUUUGUCUCCUUUCAAGGGUUUGUUUCCAGGUCUGCUUUGAUUUGAUUCCCGUGUAUGAUGACUUAAUAAAGACGUUUCCUUAUCCUUUAUCAAAUCUUUACAUCUGUAUUCAAAGUUAGAAUCAACGAUCUAAGAAGAAGAGCUUACCAUGAACCCACUAGUUUCUGGACGGUUAAAGGGACCAGAACUAGAUACAAUAUUCACAAGAAUUGCAUCUACUUGACUAGAUUAGGUGUAUCAUAUCAUUUGAUGCUAACUCUUGGGGUUAUAGGCUAACCUUUAAGCUUCCUCCUUCACGUUAUGAGCCACUGACAGCAUCAGGAAGGUCCUUAAGAACCU